GCCAUAGGAGAUCUUGACUACAUCACGUCAUGGAGGGGAGGAGGGGAGAAUAUUGGUGUGUGUGAGGGAGGUAGAGAGAGAAAGCAAGAUAGAGGGGGGAUGGAAAGAGGGCAUUGAGGAGGAAGACGGGGAGUAUCAAUGACAUCAACCAGCAGUAUCUGAGGCCGUCUGACCGGCGAUGGUCUCCCGACACAAGGUCUGGGAGUAGCUGUCCUAACGCUGCAGAGAGGACAAGAGAACAGUCGAAGACGCCGGUAAUGUGGGCAUUCUCCACAACAAAGCCAAACCCCUGGUGUCAGAGAGGAUUAUAAUCUGAGUCGUGUUUCUGACGAAAAUGCCACAUGCAGGUCCGUCCACACGAAUUUACCCGACAAUAAAAAGGACGAAGCACCCUCAAAGAGUUUCAACCCCGGUCAAGAAAAGCCCCACCCCAACCGGUAUCAUCACCUUCAAAGCCGACGGCAGCACCAUGUCUCCACCCAGGCCCCGUGGAGACUUUGCCCAGUCCAAAAGGCUCUUCCCUGGGUACGGCCUCAGCUUCUCCCCCUCCUGUGGGCUGCUGCUGGGGCUCCUGCUAACAAGCACCCUGAGCCAAGUCUGUGAGGCCUUAGCCCCUCCUAAGUUUACCAAGAUCCCCGGGGACCAGAUUGGCGUGUCAGGGGGCGUGGCGUCCUUCGUGUGCCAGGCAUCAGGUGACCCAAAGCCCAUGGUCAACUGGAACAAGAAGGGCAAAAAGGUCAACUCCCAGCGCAUAGAGACUGUUGAGUUUGACGAGGGCGCGGGCGCCGUGCUGAGGAUCCAGCCCCUGCGAGCCCCCCGGGACGAGAACGUCUACGAGUGUGUGGCACGCAACAGUGAGGGAGAAGAGGCCGUGACCGCCAAGCUGGCCAUCCUUAGAGAGGACCUGUUGCCAUUUGGUUUCCCUACCAUAGACAUGGGUCCUCAGCUGAAGGUGGUGGAGAGGACUCGUACAGCCACCAUGCUGUGUGCGGCCAGCGGUCUCCCCGACCCAGAGAUCUCCUGGUUCAAAGACUUCCUGCCGGUGGAGCCAGGCAGCAGCAAUGGACGCAUCAAGCAGCUCCGCUCAGGGCUUUAA